AUGGAGGAAAUGAGUCCCCUGGAUGCGGCACAGGAGUGCCUGGGUACCCAGCUCCCAUCUAUGGAAGACAGAAUGGAAUGUGCAUCUCCAGAGCCACGCCCACUGCAAGAUAAUGGGUCAUUUUUGUGGCUUUCCAUGAUGUCUCAAAGGGUGGGUGAUGAUAACCCCAGUAGCUUAGACACUAAUGAACCAGAAAUGGAACCAGAAAACAUGAGAGAGAAGUUCUUCAGGAACUUAGCAGUGUUGCUGGAAAACAAAAGUAAUAAUACCAAGAUAUUUUCCAAAGCAAAGUACUGUCAGUUAAUACAGGAAGUGAAAGAGGCUAAAGCAAAGGCAAGAAAGGAGUCUGUUGAUUACCGUCGCUUAGCGAGGUUUGAUGUGAUCCUUGUGCAAGGAAAUGAGAAGCUGAUUGAGGCUAUAAAUGGGGAUACAGAUAAAGUUCGGUAUUACUUACACAGUGAGGAGUUAUUUGACAUUCUGCACAACACACAUCUCAGCAUUGGGCAUGGAGGACGUACCCGCAUGGAAAAGGAGCUACAAGCAAAAUACAAAAACAUCACAAAAGAAGUUAUAAUGCUGUACCUGACCCUCUGCGGACCAUGCCAACAGAAACAUUCGAAACUCAAAAAAGUUAUAACAUCAAAACCAAUUAAGGAAGUUAGUUCAAGAUGCCAGGUGGAUAUUAUAGACAUGCAAUUGAAUCCUGAUGGGGAGUAUAAGUUUAUUAUGCAUUAUCAAGACCUUCGUACAAAGUUGAGUUUUUUGCGGUCACUAAAAUCUAAAAGGCCUAAGGAAGUGGCACAUGCUCUUUUAGAUAUUUUUACAAUUAUUGGAGCUCCCAGUGUCCUACAAUCUGACAAUGGGAGGGAGUUUUCAAGCCAGAUUGUCUAUGAACUCAGUAAUAUUUGGCCAGAGUUGAAAAUUGUCCAUGGGAAGCCUCAGCCCUGUCAAAGCCAAAGUUCUAUGAACCAAAUUAAUGAUGAUAUCCAAAAUAGGAUUAUCUCCUGGAUGCAAACUAACAAUUCAUCACACUGGGCUGAGUUUUUGUGGUUCAUUCAGAUGAUCCAAAAUCAGCCCUAUCACAGAGGUAUGCAACCAAAUCCAUUUGAAGGCACAUUUAGCUCUGAAGCUAAGCCAGGCCUCUGUCAUCCUCAGUUAACCGAAGAACUCAUUGCCAGCCCAAAUCCAGAAAGUGAAUUUGAACCAGCUGACAAAGAAUUAGAGAAUCCACCAGGAGCACAGUAUGAAGAAAAUGUUGAGACUGGAACCGAUAGUAGUGAUAUUGAAGAGAAUCUUUCUAUUACUCCUACGGUGGCCAUGAAAAACCCUCCUGAAAGCAGAUUAAAAUUUUUAUCCUGUGUAGUUUGUAAAAAAGAAUGCUCAGGUACUAAUAGUUGCAUAUCAUGUGAUGCAAGUGUCCAUGCAGUCUGCGGGGUGCCCUCCCCACAUGGGACUGCGGGCUACCAUCACAGAAUAACGUGCAGUCUUUGCUACGAGACCACCACAAUGAAAAGGAAACAUGAUGAGAUCCAAAGAAGUUUGACUGGUCAACCUUCCAAAAUGCUAAAGCCUUCAGAGACACCAUUUUCAUCAGACAAAGUAGGGGAUUGGAUGGCAAAACGAGCUUCACUGGACUUGUUUGUCAAGAAGAAACAUAGCCUUUCUGAAUCUGGGGGCAGGAGUAGAAGAAACGGUAAAGGUGGAAGUCAGCCUGAGGAAGCGAAAGGCAGAAGAGUUCACACAGGUUUCACCCGGAAAUAUGACCCCUCGUACAUUGAGUUUGGGUUUAUAGCUGUAAUUGAUGGUGAGGUGCUGAAACCACAAUGUAUUAUUUGUGGAGAUAUCCUGGCUAAUGAAGCGAUGAAACCAUCAAAACUUAAGCGGCAUUUAUAUUCAAAACAUAAAGAAAUGAGUUCACAACCAAAAGAAUUCUUUGAGAGGAAGAGUAGUGAAUUAAAGAGCCCACCAAAGCAGGUGCUUAGUGUUUCUCACAUAAACAUUAACGCCCUGCGGGCUUCCUACAAGGUGGCGCUGCCUGUGGCCAAGUCCAAGACGCCGUACACGAUUGCGGAGACCCUGGUGAAAGACUGCAUCAAGGAGGUCUGCCUGGAGAUGCUGGGAGAGUCGGCUGCCAAGAAGGUGGCUCAGGUGCCCCUGUCCAAUGACACCAUCGCCCGGCGCAUUCAGGAGCUGGCCAGUGACAUGGAAGACCAGCUCAUAGAGCAAAUAAAAGAAGCAAAGUACUUCUCGCUGCAGCUGGACGAGUGCAGAGAUAUCGCUAACAUGAUUGUUCUCUUGGUGUACGUGCGGUUUGAACACGAUGAUGACAUAAAGGAAGAAUUCUUCUUUUCAGCCUCUUUGCCAACAAACACAACUAGCUCAGAACUGUGUGAAGCUGUGAAGAAUUAUGUCGUCAACAAGUGUGGUCUGCAAUUUCAGUUUUGUGUAGGCCUGUGUUCUGAUGGCGCGGCUUCGAUGACAGGGAGACGGUCCGAGGUGGUGGCCCAGAUUAAGGAACUUGCGCCGGAGUGUAAAAUAACACAUUGCUUCAUUCAUCGAGAGGGUCUGGCCAUGAAAAAGAUAUCAGCUGAACUAAAUAGUGUGCUUACUGACACAGUAAAAAUUGUGAAUUAUGUAAAAUCUAAUGCAUUAAAUUCGAGAUUGUUCUCUUUGUUGUGCGACAAUAUGGAAGCGGAUCACAAGCAGCUGUUACUGCACGCGGAGAUGCGGUGGUUAUCACGGGGGAAAGUUCUAUCAAGAAUGUUCGAAAUACGAAAUGAACUCUUAGUGUUUCUGCAAAGCAAGAAGCCAGUUUGGUCCCAACUUUUCAAAGACGUGAAUUGGACAGCCAGACUUGCUUAUUUAUCUGAUAUCUUCAGUAUUUUUAAUGAUCUUAACGUUUCCAUGCAAGGGAAGAAUGCAACAUGUUUUUCAAUGGCUGAUAAGAUUGAAGGACAAAAACAAAAGUUAGAAGCUUGGAGAAACAGAGUUUCUGUGAAUUGUUAUGACAUGUUCCAUAAUUUAACAACAAUUAUCCAUGAAGUAGGUAAUGACCUUGAUAUUGUCUAUCUGCGAAAAGUUAUCAAUGAACAUCUUACAAAUUUGUUAGAUUGUUUUGAAUUGUAUUUUCCAUCGAAAGAAGAUCCACGCAUAGGGAACUCAUGGAUCCAAAAUCCAUUCCUCUCAUCAAAAGAUAACUUAAAUUUAACUGUCACCCUGCAGGAUAACUUGUUGAAGCUGGCUGCUGAUGAAGGACUGAAAAUGAAUUUUGAAAAUACAGCAUCACUUCCUUCAUUUUGGAUAAAAGUUAAAAAUGAGUAUCCUGAGCUUGCUGAGGUUGCUUUAAAAUCCCUUCUUCUGUUCCCCUCAACGUCCCUGUGCGAGACCGGGUUCUCGACUUUAAGUGUCAUUAAGACAAAGCACAGAAACAGUUUGAAUAUACAUUAUCCCCUGAGAGUAGCAUUGUCAUCCAUCCAGCCCAGGUUAGACAAAUUAACAAGCAAGAAGCAAGCUCACUUAUCACAUUAA